AUGAUUACCCCCGACCAUAAGCACUCCAUAGAUAGCGAGGCACUCUGGGCCCAAAUCAGGGCUCCUGAGUUCAUGCCGGAGGACCCAGAAGCAUUCCUCGCACUUCUGGAAUCGCGAUUCCACGAGGCUCGCAUCACCGGGCAACUAUCCCGUUACCAUAAGCUGUUAUCCGCGAUCCCGCGCGACAUGCUUAUCAACUUCAGGGAUAUUUACAUGAAUAUCCCUGCGCACAACCCGUACGACGUGCUCAAAGAAGCACUUCUUCGUCGUAUGGCAGUUUCCGAAGAGAAGCGCAUCCAGCUCCUCCUGUCAGGGAUCCAAUUGGGAAACCUCAAACCGUCCCAGUUGCUGCGCCAAAUGCGCGCGUUAGUCGGCAACACCACACUGGACGACUCCGUACUACGCCAGAUUUGGCUUCAACGGCUUCCGCCAUACGUACAG